AUGAGUGCUUUAAUGCUAAAAGAUGUUUUGGAACAAUGCGGAGGAUUUAGACAAUUUGGAGGAUUUUUAGCCGAAGAUUAUUUUUUGGGACAAGCAUUUGCUAGAGCUGGAUAUCGAAAUGUUAUUUCUCAUAUGCCAGCACUACAGAAUUCUGCAAAUACCUCACUUUUUACUUUUCAAGAACGCAUAUGCCGUUGGAUCAAACUCAGAAUAGCAAUGUUACCCCACACAAUAAUUCUUGAACCUGUUCAGGAAUGCAUUUUUGCUUCUUUUGUUGGCGCCCUAUCUUUCGGGUAUUUAUUUGGACAACAAGCAAUGUUUCCCUUUUUGGCAUUUCAUUUUAUUUAUUGGGCUACUUGUGAUUUUAUUUUAAUUAAAACACUUCAAAAUGGACAGUUACCCUUUUCAAUUUCCCAAUUUUUAUUUUGUUGGAUACUCCGUGAAUUAAUGGCUUUCCCAAUUUUUGUAAAAGCCGUAUUGAACCCUCACAUUGGGUGGCGCUUUGGUACAUAUCAACUAUGUUGGGGUGGAAGAAUAAAACCGAUGAAAGAAAAUUAA